CCAUUGAUGUCGCCCCCGCCAAUUUCUCACCCUCCUUUUUUUUUGCCCGUCAUACCAUUGUAUAUUAACGGCUAUCCUCCCCUGCACACGCUUUGCACCACCUCAUUAUGCCUCGAGACCACGGCCGUGGACGAGAACUAAGCGGCAACAACAGAAAUAACAGCAACAACAGCAGUAGCAACAAAAGAUCUUUGGUUGAUGGGCGUGGCAUUCCUGUUGUGCAAGCAACUGCUCCAUCGCCCAAAUCUGCCAAUCGAUUCCGCUCGAUCAAGAUCGGUCAUAGCAGCAGUAGCAGUAGCAGUAGCAACAUCAUUAACACCGGUAUAUACAACGAUGAAGUUCGUGUAUGUCGAACAACCUCCAACAGCACGACGACAACGGGUACAGAGAAGCAUUCGCUCUUAAACGUUUACGAUUCAACACAACACAAGCGGGACAAUAUGACGCGAUUGUUUUAUCGUGGUUCAUCUGAUUCAACAAAAUCGGCUUUAGGCGGAGGAGGGGGAGGAAGCGGUAGUGCUAGUGGAGGAGGAGGAUCGCAUUCUUCGAGUUCAAGUGCUUUACCUGCAGUACCGAAAAAACGACGGAAACGUAUCGAUGCAGUAGACAAUAGAGAGCGAAAACGACGUCCUAGCGACUCUAACAGUGUAUCGUCCUCAUCUUCAUCCCGCCAGCAGCAGCAGCAACAAAAAGAAGCUGCAUUGGCAACCCCCACUCCUGCCGCACAAACACCAUCUCCAUCGCCAUCCUUAUUAUCACCAGCAUCACCACAACGACCUCAUAGCAUCAAGAAAAUCGACGAAGAUUCUCAAAAAACGCUAUGUGCCAGCCAAGAAGAACUACCAUCGCUAAAGAAGUCACCGGUGAUGAUAACCGAACACAAAGACCCAAGACCAAAACAAAAAGAAAAAGAUCCUACCCUACUGUAUGUCGAACAGAUAGAGGAAGACAGUAAAGAGGACGCAGAAUCUAGACGAAUGCAUCUUGAUGUACCAGAAGAGAUGGUGCAGGAUACGCCCAUGCUCCACGAAGAAGAAAAGCAGCAGCCGAGUAAUGCUACAAAGUCCCGCACAACAAGACCCAAAGAAGCAAUUAAUCGUUUAAGGAGAUCAUCAUGGCAAUCCUUACAGCAGCUCAAGGAGCCACCACCACCCAUGGCUUCUUCUUCAGAAACACCAACGAUUUCGAAAACACAACAACCCGCAGAGCCUGAUGACUUUAUAUCGCAUCAACGUCAGCAGACUGAUUGUAUUGCACCAGGAUCACCACAACAUCCUACAGAAUCCAUGGAUGCUGUGAAGGUUGAGACAGAGGACAUCAGCAAGGAUGCAAUAGAAACGGAACAGCAGCAGCACAUAGUUACAAACGAAAAGGCACAUACAGAUGUAGACGAUCAAAAGCAAUAUAUGCUAGCUGAUGAAGUAAAGAAAUCUUCAGUCAAACAACAUGAUAACAGUCUAGACACCACGAAGAAACGCGUAGAUGAUGAAGAGAACCGACCCGUGGUCGCUGAGGAGAACGCGACGAAGCCAAAAGACGAAUUGAAACAUGAACUUGAUCGGACGAAAUCCACAGACUUUGACAAAGAUGAGCAACACAUGGAUGAGGACGGCCGAAAAUUCAAGUAUGCUAACAGCGAAAAACAAGAGCAAUCUGCUCAGCAUGAUGAUAAUGGCGGUAUAUGCACCGCGCAAGAAGAGAAAGCACUAGCGGAUGAUGAAAACAAGAAGCAUGCAGACGAUCUUGACUACGACUACAACGACAACGAAAAUGCUGCAGAUGGAAAUACUGAAGGGAAUAAACUGCAACAACCCAAAAAAGAAGAAGAAGAAAAGGAACUUACGGAGGAGGAAAAGAAGCGCAUUGAGGAGAAGAAGAAACGAGAGUAUGAAGAAAAAAAGCGUAUUGAAGAGGAGAAAGUCAAGGCCGAUAUUGAAGAACUCAAUGACAAGGUCAAGAACCUGGCCAAAACUUACCAGAUAACACGAAAGAUUGGUGAAGGCACAUUUAGUACUGUUUACGAAGCGACAGAUCUACGCCACGAUGUAUACAACAACGAGCCAUGGCAACAACAACUGUUGGCGGGACAACAGAUCACGAAACCCAAUUCAAAGUACGUCGCAAGUAACCGGGUGGCACUCAAGCGGGUGUACAGUACAAGUAGUCCAGCACGACUAGCCAGCGAAGUCCAGAUUCUCCAACAACUUCGAGGAUGUCCUUGUGUUGCACCGUUGAUUACUGCGUUUCGAUACCAAGACGAAUUUUUUGUUGUCAUGCCCUAUAUCCAAAGCGACGACUUCAAGCAAAUAUAUCGAAAACUCUCAAUCUUCGAAAUCAAGUGCUAUUUCCGCAGUCUGUUCACUGGAUUGAGUCACCUGCACUCACACAACUAUAUCCAUCGAGAUGUCAAGCCAAACAAUUUUCUGUUUAGUCGCGAAUCACUUUCGGGCGUGCUUAUCGAUUUUGGCCUUGCCGAGCGGAUCGCUACGCCACGUUCACCUUCUCAAACGGAUACUCCAUCAUCAUCAGCGCAACAACAGUCUUCAUCAUCCCGCCACCCUCCUCCACCGCCGACAAGACAGCAACCAACAAGACAACAGCCGACAAGGCAACAGCCUCAGCGUCAGCAGUAUCAUAAACAACAGCAACAGCAGCAGCUUCCGCAGCAAUUAAUGCCUGCAAAACGACCUUCGCCCUCGUCAUCUUCAAUUUUAUCAUUACUGCCGUCAUCACUACCAUCUUCAUCUCCAGCAGCCAAACUAGCUGCAACAGCCACAACUACAGCCACAGCUACAACGACCGCAGCACCUGCAAUAACUGGAACUACUACAGGAAAGACACCCGCAACAUCGCCACAGAGCGGCGAUAAAGAAAACAUUAAUUGCGCAACAACUAAAAGGCCCGGUUAUUACAAACACGAUACCAGACGAUCCAUACAAGCCAACCGUGCAGGCACAAAAGGCUUCCGUGCUCCUGAGAUCUUAUUACGAGAACGAUACCAAACUGGAGCUAUUGAUGUGUGGUCUGCAGGUGUCAUUUUGCUAUGUGUGAUCACAGGACGAUACCCAUUUUUCCUUGCCAGUGACGACGCAGAUGCACUGGUUGAGCUAGCAACCAUUUUCGGGUUUGACAAUAUUAAAAAUCUGGCGCGUGAAAAGAAACUGAAUAUGGUGACGAAUUUGCCAAUACCUCGGCGAACACGACCCGUGGAUGAAUUAUGUAAACGGCUAAAUGAGGAAGGGCUCGAAUCCUGGGACGAGCGCAAUCUCAACAAUGCAUUGUGUCUGCUGAAAAAGUGCCUGAUGAUCGACAGCAGUGAGCGGAUUACGGCCAAAGAAGCACUCGACCACCCGUUCUUGAUUUUGGAU